GUCAAGGCCUGACUAAUAAGGCUAUAGCUGCUCGCAUUCUUCAACUUAACUCUACCCUAUAUCUCUCUACAAAGCAGAGGAAGAGAGAUAGAGAGAGAAGCUUCAAUUCAUCAGUGCGUGGCCAUGGCGACGGCGGCGAGGAAGGUGUCGGUCCCGGCCAUCCUGCUGGUGCUGUCCGUCCUCUCCUGCCUGCUCCUCGUCCACGCGGCCGCGGCGGGCAACCGGAGGGCUCUGCUGCCGAGGGAGGCGGCCGGUAGUGGCGUCCUGCCGACCACGGCGGAGGAGGCCGCGGUGGGAGCUGGGGAGCCGCAUCAUCAUCAGCUCGCCGACGAGGAGACGGACGAGGCGGAGGCGGCGGCGAGGAGGGCCGGGCUCCUGCAGACGCAGGACUACCCGGGGUCCGGCGCCAACAGCCGCCACGAUCCGCGGAACCCGCACUGAGAUCCGUGCAGGACGAUGGCCCCGCCUCGCACCUUGCACAACACACACACAUAUACAUACACGUAGUAUAACACGCAUGUUCAAUCAUCCAUAAUUUUGCCAUGCAAAGUACGCACAUAUAUACUGCACAACAUGAUAUAAAUUUAAUUCAUCUCAUGAUCAAACAAUAAGCUAUAUACUAUAUAGCAUCGAAUGUACUUGCAUCUUGUUUACCAGUGCUAGCAGUUUGUAAUCAACCCUAGCAUGUUGAAUUAAGCAUGUUGCAUAUGUGUCAUCCGUAUGUGUACCUCCAAUCCAAGUGAACAAUAAUGAAUAAACCAAAUUUACCAGGUUGUUUUAAUU